AUGGCGAGUAAUUUGAACCCUAAUUGGGCUCAGCUCCUCGAGACACUUAAAAGCAAUGGCUCCAAGAAAUAUUUUUCGAAACAUUCACAGAGAUCGGAUGGAGCAACCGAAACGACUGUUUUGGGCAAGCGGAAGGAGAGGUCGAAUGAGAAUUCUGAAGCUGUAAAACCUAAUCCUUUGGUUCCCACUUCCUCUGAUUGCAGUCUCACAGAUGCGGUGGCCAUGGAUUGUGAAAUGGUUGGUGUCAGCUCUCUAGGCAACAAGAGUGCCCUUGGACGAGUCACACUGGUAAAUAAAUGGGGAAAUGUUAUAUAUGAUGAGUAUGUCCGUCCUUUGGAGCAUGUAGUUGACUUCCGUACUAAAAUUAGUGGAAUUCGACCUCGUGAUUUGAAGAAAGCAAAGAAAUUCAAUGUUGUUCAGAAAAAGGUAGCAGAGUUGAUAAAGGGAAGGAUCCUUGUUGGUCAUGCUUUGCACAAUGAUCUUAAGGCACUGUUGUUAAGUCAUCUGAAGAAGGACAUACGAGAUACGUCAGAGUAUACGCCUUUUCUAAAGGAAGGACGAAGUCGCUCACUAAAGAAUCUCGCUUCCCAAUUUCUUGAUGUUGAGAUUCAAAAUGGCGAACACUGCCCAAUACAAGAUGCUAGAGCCGCAAUGCUACUUUAUCAGAAAAACAGAAAACAAUGGGAACACAGCAUCAAGGAUUUCAUCAGGCUGAAGGAAAAACAGAAAAAAAGGAAACACAAAAAGAAGUCGAAGCACGGGGAAUCAGAAAAUGUUGUAGCUUCUUCUCAAAGGAAUUGUAAGCUGAGAGAUGGCUGUCCCUUCUGCAAUCAUGGGAACAGUGUGGAAUGCCGCAUUGAUAUGAAGAACUUGAUUGGCGAGGCUUCAUGCAGGAUUUGCCAAGAGAGCUUUAGCACCACUGUGACAGCUUUGACCGAGCCUAUAGAUAUAUAUAGCGAAUGGAUAGACGAGUGUGAACUUGUCAAUUACUAUGAAGAAGAUGGCAAAUAG